GAGAGGUGUUCUAUGAAAAACGAGGACUAAAAAUGUUCUUAGAUACAGUUGCAUUUAUACACGUAUAUGAUUUAGUAACAAUAACUGUAUGUAUGAAGGACAUUUAUAGAAAAUUAAUAUUCUAGUAAGCAGAUAUUAGCAAUUGACCUCUUUUAAUUUUUUUAAUGUAUGCGCGCCAACAAAUGCAACCUCGUUGAAGUAAUUCCGCUUCCCUUUCACUCAGUAUUAUCAUAUAAAAGCAGACUCGACAAUAUUAGUGGCAUUACUUCAUCAGUCUCACCAAUUUCCAUACAACAACAGAAUGGAUCUUACAAAACUAAAUGAACGGUCACUUUUAGCUUUCAAACCAACAAAGUCGAUAAAAGAUUUGGAGAUUGGAAGAAAAUAUUCAAUCUCUAAAAUUAAAAAAGUGACAACAAAGUAUGGGGAAAGCUUGGUAGCAGAGUUGGAUGAGUAUCAGGUGUUCCUACCCAAUCGACUCAUGGGAGAAAUAGGAGAUCAUUUAGAUGAAUUUGAAGAUAACCGAUACAGCAUAGUCAGCCACGGUGAGAAAAGCAAUGAUACAUUAAAUUUUUCAAAAACUGUUGCCAUAGAAUUCCUUAAAAAUAUAUAAUUUAAGGUGAUAAAUAUGGAUAAUUUAAGUGACGAUAUAGUAAAAAUUGUUGGAAAAAUUUUUUUAAAUUUAAGUCGUUCAAAAAAUGUGAAAAAUGAAACUUUGUUAAAAUAUAUAUCAUAUUGUAACGAGAAUAUUAGGUCGAUGAAUAAUGCUCUUUUAAACGUUGAAAGUAAUAUAUCACUUAAAACUAAACUUCAAACAAACAUUGGUCAUUUGAGAAAAUACAGACAGUUGUUAAGAUCUCUUGAUAAUAUUUAUCUGGGCGGUGGUUUAUCUGAAAAUAAAAAAUUAAAAUUAACACCAAAACGAAGCCAACGAAUUCGGUGGGAAGAUGGAAAAUCUGCAUUUUCAAGUAGAAUUCGAAGCGGUUUAGUAAUAAAUAUUCUUCAUACCGAUCCAUUGGAAUUUUUAAAGGAUUCAUUUUUUUUAUUUAAACCCAGAAUUUUAAAUGAAUUAAAAAAGGAUCCAACAGUUAAAGUCAAUGCGGUGUUGUGUUGUGAAUUUAUUAAAGAAAGUGUUGAUGAGGAUAAGCAAGUUAGACAAUUUAAAUAUUUUAAUACGAAAAAUAAUUUAAUUGAUUUAGGUACGGAUUUGUGGCAAUGGUAUCGAGAUAAUAUUAGUGACAAAAUAAUGAACAAGUUAACGGAAUUUCAUGAGGGGCAAAGUGGCUGGGCACUCAACCGCAUUGAAAGCCUAGAAAUUAACAUUAAUAAAUAUGAAUUUUCUAAUGGAGGUACAUCAUAUAUUGAACUUCCGCAAGAAAUUAAAUUGAAAAGAGCCGUGAUAAAUAUCAAAAAUACCGAUCAGUUCUGUUUUGCCUAUGCUGUUGUAAGUUGUCUGCAUCCCGCACAAAAAAAUCCGGAUCGUAUUAGUUCAUAUCCCGACUUUCAUACUGUAUUGAAUUUUACAGGAAUAAAUUUUCCUGUGACCAUAGAACAAAUACCGAAAUUUGAAAAAUUAAAUAAUAUUUCCAUUAAUGUUUACAUAUUAAAAUUAAAUGGGAAAAUUUAUUCCGUUGUUCCCGCGUACAUUUCAAAGGAAAAAUUACCGACGCAUGUAAAUUUGCUUAUGAUUCAAAACAAAUAUUACUCAGAUAAUGACGUUAAUUAUGCGAAAAAUCAAAAAAAUUUUGAAAUCAAAUUUCAUUUUACCUGGAUUAAAUAUCUUUCGAGAUUGCUUUCGAAUCAGCUUACAGGAAAUGGCCAUGCAGUAUUUAUUUGUGAUAGAUGUUUAAAUUACUUUCGACAUCAAGCACAGUUAGAUAAACAUGAAGUGGAAUGUGCGCGAGUUAAUACAUGUAAAAUUUCGUUCCCAGAAGACAAAUAUUUAUUUUUCAAAAAUUUUAAAUAUAAGGAACCUGCUCCUUUCAUUGUUUAUUGCGAUUUUGAAGCUUUACUAAAACCGUUGGAUGAUAUUAGCGGGAGUAAAACGGAGAGAUAUCAAAAGCAUGAAGCAUUUGCCGUGGGUUAUUAUUUCAAUUGUAGUUAUGAUAAAAGUCUGUCUCACUAUAAAAGUUAUGUAGGAUUAGACUGCGUGCAGUGGUUUGUAAGGGAACUAGAAAAUAUUGGUAAAUUUGUGGAUGAAAAAUUAAAAUUGGUAGUUCCCAUAGAAUACUCUUCCAUAGAAGCUCAAAAUCAAUUUAAAAAAACAACUUGUCAUAUAUGUACGAAACCGUUUAAUGAAGAAGAUAAACCCGUUCGCGACCACUCACAUCUCGACGGCAAAUUUAGGGGCUGGUGUCACUCCAAUUGCAACUUGAAUUAUAAAAACACCUUCAUUGUUCCCGUAGUUUUUCACAAUUUGACGGGGUAUGACAGUCACGUGAUGAUUAAAGAUGUAGCUCAGCUAUGUCCUGGUCGUAUAACGCUGUUGGCGAAGAAUAAAGAACAAUACAUUUCGUUUACCAAACAUAUUCCAAAUUCUUCGAUAAAAUUUAGGUUUAUAGAUUCAUUUAGAUUUCUAACAUCAUCGUUAGAUAAAUUAGCAUCUAUUUUACGGAAAGAAGAUUUAAAAAUAUUAAAAACUGAAUUUUCCCAUUUAAAUGGUGAAUCUUUUAACUUAAUUACUCGAAAGGGAACAUUUCCAUAUGAUUACAUAAAUUCCAUGCAAGUUUUGAAAGAAACAUCACUUCCUAGUUCGACUGAUUUUUAUAACAAGUUAAAUGAUGAAGAUAUUUCAGAAGAUGACUACAAUCACGCUCAAAAGGUGUGGAGNAUAGCCGUUACUGCAUCUAGAUCAUUGCUACUUCGAAUCAGAACCAGUUCCUGCUUCAUAUUUAGUAUAAUUUUUCUAUAG